CGCAGUCUCGGAGCGCGGCGCCUUUAAGCGUCGCUGUGACACGUGUGUGCGGCGCCGGAGGCCCGGAUGGUGCGCGUGAGGGGACUCGGGCUGGAGGAGACGCCAGCGCAGCGCGGGCCUGCUGCGGGUCGCCGAGAGGCCCGGGGAUGCACCAUGCCAAUAGUCGAUAAGCUGAAGGAAGCCCUGAAACCUGGCCGCAAGGACUCGGCCGAUGAUGGAGAGCUGGGGAAGCUGCUGGCCGCCUCCGCCAGGAAGGUCCUUUUGCAGAAGAUCGAGUUUGAGCCAGCCAGCAGAAGUUUCUCCUACCAGCUGGAGUCCCUAAAGAGCAAAUACGUGUUGCUGAACCCCAAAUCAGAGGGAGCCGGUCGCCACAGGAGUGGAGAUGAGCCACAGGCCAGGAGACAGGGCAGCGAGCAUGCGUAUGAAAGCUGCGGCGAUGGGGUCCCGGCCCCCCAGAAAGUGCUCUUCCCCACAGAGCGACUGUCUUUGAGGUGGGAGCGAGUGUUCCGCGUGGGCGCCGGACUGCACAAUCUGGGAAACACCUGCUUUUUGAAUUCCACGGUGCAAUGCUUGACCUACACGCCACCACUGGCCAACUACCUGCUCUCUAAGGAGCACGCUCGGAGCUGUCACCAGGGGAGCUUCUGCAUGCUGUGUGUCAUGCAGAACCACAUCACCCAGGCCUUCGCCAACAGCGGCAACGCCAUCAAGCCGGUCUCGUUCAUCCGAGACCUGAAAAAAAUCGCCCGGCAUUUCCGUUUUGGGAGCCAAGAGGACGCGCACGAGUUUCUGCGGUACACCAUUGACGCCAUGCAGAAGGCCUGUCUGAAUGGCUGUGCCAAGCUGGAUCGUCAAACGCAGGCCACGACCUUGGUCCAUCAGAUUUUUGGAGGGUACCUCAGGUCGCGUGUGAAGUGCUCGGUGUGCAAGAGCGUCUCGGACACCUACGACCCCUACCUGGACAUAGCCCUGGAGAUCCGGCAAGCUGCUAAUAUCGUCCGUGCCCUGGAACUUUUCGUGAAGCCAGAUGUACUGAGUGGGGAGAACGCCUACAUGUGUGCCAGGUGCAAGAAGAAGGUUCCAGCCAGCAAGCGCUUCACCAUCCACAGGACUUCCAAUGUCCUAACUCUCUCCCUGAAGCGUUUUGCCAACUUCAGUGGCGGGAAGAUCACCAAGGAUGUAGGCUACCCAGAGUUCCUGAACAUCCGUCCGUACAUGUCUCAGAGCAGCGGCGAACCUGUCAUGUACGGGUUGUAUGCUGUCCUGGUGCACUCGGGCUACAGCUGCCACGCAGGGCACUAUUACUGCUACGUGAAGGCGAGCAGCGGCCAGUGGUACCAGAUGAACGACUCCUUGGUGCAUUCCAGCAACGUCAAGGUGGUUCUCAACCAGCAGGCCUACGUGCUCUUCUACCUGCGAAUUCCAGGCUCUAGGAAAAGCUCCGAGAGUGCCGUCUCCAGGCCCGGCUCCUCCCUUGCCAGCCGCCCGGGCGUGGCUCCAGAUCCCAUCAGGAAGAGCAUUGGCAACGGGAUCGCCUCCUCUCCACUGCCCGGGAAGCGACAAGACUCGGGGACGGUGAAAAAGCUCCCGACCCCCGAAGAAGUCGGCAUACCUGUUUCCAGGAAUGGCUGUGUGCCUGCCCUGAAGUCACAGAACGGAUACACCCCUCCAAGGCCACCCAUGGGGUCCCCUUCCCCCAAGUUUUCCCAGACACCCACACACGCGCCCCCCGUCCCAGAUGAGCCUGGGAAGAAGAAGAAGCCGGCCUCCCUGCAGCCUUUUCCCCCAGCCCUCAAGGCCUCUCAGGGCCCAUCUGGUACCAGCAGCCCGAGUAGUAGCAAGUCCGGGGGCCGAAGGCAGGGCUCCUGGGACGGCAGGGACGCCGUCCUCUCUACCUCACCCAAGCUCCCGGCCGGAGCCACUGCCAACGGGCACGGGCCGGAGGGGACAGCCGGNNCGGAGAGGAGGGGCUCCUGCAGCUCCAGCCCAGAGCACUCUGCUGACAGCUCCACCAAGGCCCCCCAGGCUCCCAGGAGUGGAGCCACCCCCCUCUCUGACUCUCAGGGAACAAACUGCUCCACUGCGGGCGACUCCAGAGCGCUGCUGAACGGAGCAGAGUGCAAGAUGACGAAGCCGAAGCCCCCGGUCCUGGGCAGCACCGCCCCUGAGCCUGCAAGCACCAUGUCUCCUCCGCCGGCCAAGAAACUGGCCCUCUCUGCCAAAAAGGCCAGCACCCUGCGGAGGGCGACCGGCAGUGACCUCCGUUCUCCCCCCUCACUACUGUCGGCCUCACCUAUGGAAGCCACUCACCCCGCCGCCGCCUCCACCUGGCCUGUCAGUAGAACCAGGGCUGUGUCACCUGCUCCCGAACCAUCCAGCCGUCCGAAGCCCCCCAUCAGCCCCCAUUCCGCAUCACUGUCCAGUAGCCCCCGGCCCCCAGGGACAUCAGGACUGCCAAGCUGCUGCUCCACCUCGACCGCACUGCCUCAGGUCAACGGGGACCCCGCGCGCCUCUCACGUCAGCUGCUGGAGGCCGGCGAGGCUUCUCGGACCCCCUCAAAGGAGAGGAGAAAGGCCGGCCUGGGAGAGCUGCAGGGGCCGGACAGGAAGCCGCAGCACGGCACAGGGACGCCUGCAGCUGCCACUCUUCCCGGGAGGAGGAGGAGGCGGAGGAGGAGGCGUCUGGAGGCCAUGGCCACAGCUACUCAGCAGGAGCAGACACAGAGGCAGCCAUGGAGCCCCGAGAGCAAGGAGGGCCAGGCUUGGCUGCCAGGGGACAGACGGGAGGAAGAGGGUGGACAGCCGCAGGUGAAUGGCUGGGAAGCAGGACACGUCGCAGACGGCCCCCGCCUAAGCAGCAGGAAGAGGAGGAAGGGAGCCGAGGGACCCUGCCAGGACCCCCCCUGGCAUAGCAGCCACCCUCCUGUGAACAGCAGCCAGACAGAGCCAGAGGCGGGGUCUCCCAGGAGGAAGAAGAGGAAGAGGAAGCACGAGUCACAGGAAGCAGACGAAGAGGAACACCCGCGAGGCCAGGGGCACACUCGGCCCGGUGUCACUGUGGGCCCCGAGCUGAGCGGUCACUCAGCACCUGUGAGUGGCCGGCACCCUGGGGCCCCGACAGAUGUAUGCACAGGGCUGGGGCAGGCUCCUCUUGUGUCCCGGAGCAGUGAGCGAGAGUCCGACGUGGUCCAGGAAUUGCUCAAAUACGCAUCCGAUAAAGCUUAUGGGAGAAGAGUUCUGACCUGGGACGGCGCGGUGUCAGCAGUCAGUCAGGACGCCAUGGAAGACAGCAGGUUGGCCCGCACGGAGACCGUGGUCGAUGACUGGGAUGAAGAGUUCGAUCGGGGGAAGGAAAAGAAAAUUAAAAAGUUCAAGAGAGAAAAGAAGAGGAACUUCAAUGCCUUCCAAAAACUUCAGAGUAGACGGAACUUUUGGUCGGUAACUCAUCCAGCUAAGGCCACCAGCCUGAGCUAUCGUCGCUGAGGUGCGGCCCAGUCUGUCAGUUCAGCCUCCUGGAGAUGAAGAGUCACGUCCUGACGCUGCCUGUCUGGAUCUGAGGCACAGCCUCGCAUGGACUCUGCUGCUGCGGCCCCUCCAGACCACUGUCCGCCAUCCGGCCACUGGGGCUCUGCUGGCCCCGCUGUCCGCAGACGACCCAGCUGAGUCUGUAGAACAGGACCUUCCUGGUGACGUCCACCACGCAGCCACCUGUGUUGAGCGGAGAUGGCAGAGUGCUCGUUGGACCCCUGCGGCAAGCCAAGUGUCCUUGGGUUCAUGGACAGUGGAGUCAGCAUGGGCAACGAUCUGCCCUGGCCCGGCCAUCAGUGGAGCGUUGUGUCCCCCAUGCCCAUGACAUGGGGUGACAGGCCUGUGGUUGGUUGCUCUUCGUGGCUGCUGGGCCAUCCCUUGCCUCCUGGUGGCUGGCGCCACCAUCUGAUCCUGCCCCGCAGCCCGCCCUCCCCGGUUCUGGUGGGGCCGCGGGCCUGGAUGCCUUACCUGUCCGUCCUCAGAGAGGAGGAGCCCCGAGGCUGAACCCACACUCCCCCUUUUCUGGAACGGGGCUGGCCCUGCUGGUGUGUCUCUUCCUUCAAGUCGCUCUGGGCUGUCUCUGGCAGCCGCUGGGCGAGGCCGACGUGCCCACACUUCUGCUUUCAGGGCUGCUCUUUGUUCCCAGGUGACUGCAGUCACUCCCUUGAAGCCACGACAGCCCACGGGUCUCUGCUGAGGCUGUGGGCUAGGAGCGGACCUCUCCUUUUGUUUUACUACUUGACAUGACACUUACUUCGGCCAGGCCUGUGGCUUCCAUUAGCAAUAUGUUUCCUCUGAUAUGCAAAUACCGGCUUCCUUUGCUCCGUUUUGUGAGUGCUUUCGAAUUUAGAUGAUUGUAUAACUCAAGAUUACUUUUUUAUCUUGCUCAAGCUGUGCCUGCAAACUUGUAACUUAAUAAACACGGGAAAUCCUCUG